GCCGUCGUCACGUCGCCGCCGGAAAAUGUUUGUACAUGCACUCGCCGCCUAGUCGCCGCUGGUCUCUCGUCUGCAAUCCCUAUUAAAUCAAUUCAAAAUUCCACACGGUUUGGCGACGACGGGGAGGGUAACCUGCUCCUUCUCCUUCUCCUGGUUAUCCUUUGAAUGACACAAUCCACUCGCCAUAGGCUAGUUCUUAGAUGCUAGUCACAAAGCUUCGGUUCGUGUACUCUGUCAUACCAGUACGUGUCUGUUUGGAAUCAGCAUGGCAGUUGCUGUCCAGCAGAUGGAGGCUGCUACAGUCCGUCUGGAGGAAGGGAUGGUUCUCAACUGUUUGUGUCCCUGGGACGGCAACCUCAGCAUGGUGUCCUGGACCAAAGUACCAGACAAAGAUCCGGUAGCUAUUUUCCAUCCAGAGUAUGGAGUGGUCUUUUCUCACCGCUACCGGGAAAGGAUAGAGUUCCUGAGGACCACGCCUAUGGACGGAAGUAUUUCCAUGAGGAAUGUCACUCACCAGGAUAUCGGGGUUUACCACUGCUCUGUUCAGACCUUCCCUCAAGGCCCCUGGACAAGGAACAUUCAGGUGGAAGAUUUAGAUGAGCCCCCAGAGGAAGACAACAGCACAGGGUCCCCCACCCAAGAGGUGAUCAAGACGGACACAGAGUUGUUGGCAGAGCCGGACAACAACCUGACCAUCAGCUGUAACCACGAGCACAAUGGUACCGUUUACAAGGUCAUUUUGGAGAAGAUGCCACAUGGCCAGCCCUGGGGCAUUAUCGGCGUGUGUAAGAAGGUGGAAGGGGGCCUGUUGAGCGAGGACUACAGCGACAGAGGCAGGGUCAGCUGUGCAGACAGCCUGGAUGUCAGUCUGCACCUGAUGGGUGUGGUGCAGGAAGAUGGUGGUUUCUACCGCUGCACCUUCAGCACAGAUGCAGGGGUGCGGACCACCACUGUGCUGCUCACUGUGCCCCCUCCAGGUGGAUUCAGCCUAUCUGUGUACAUAAUGUAUAUUUACAUUGGGGCUGGAGCUGCUGGGCUUAUUCUACUUAUUGCCAUCAUCAUACUAGCAGUGAAGCACAGGAAGAAGAACAGGAGAGAGGAGUACAGAGUCAAACUGCACCCAUCUCAAAGACAGCCAAACUUCUAUGAGAACGUCUUUCUGUGUCCCAGGAUGGCAAAGGAGUCCAGGCAGAUAAAAAAUUGCCCGGUCUAUGCCAACCUACAGACUGCACGAUCACACAAAACCAAACAAAUGGAGGCAGUGGCAGAGGCCGUAAUGGAUAUGCAGGCUAUCCUGCUAGGAAACAAGACAAAUGUGGACAAGCUAGAAAUGUGGAACAUAAAGGGACAAUAUAGUUUGGAAUCACAAGUUUUUGCCUUCAUUCUCUCAUCUUGCUGUUCGCGGAAAAACAGUAGAAGCUGUAACUAUAAAUUUGACUGUGAUGCGUGUGUAUGCCCAGCAAUACUGAAAAUGAUGUGUGUGACUGUAAAAGACUCCCAUAUGGUAUGAAUAAAACAAUGUCAUAGCCACUA